CGGGCUGCCCCGGCCGCGCGGUGCGUUGUGGGAGCGGCGCUGAGAUGGCGGCGGCCGCCGCCGGGCUGAGCUGGAGGCGGGUGUCCUCCUUCACGGGGCCGGUGCCGCGCUCCCGCCACGGGCACCGCGCGGUCGCCAUCCGAGAGCUGCUCAUCAUCUUCGGCGGCGGCAACGAGGGCAUCGCCGACGAGCUGCACGUCUACAACACGGUUACGAAUCAAUGGUUCCUUCCUGCUGUAAGGGGAGAUAUUCCUCCAGGCUGUGCAGCGCAUGGAUUUGUUUGUGAUGGUACCAGAAUACUAGUUUUUGGAGGAAUGGUUGAAUAUGGAAGAUACAGCAAUGAUUUAUAUGAAUUACAGGCGAGUCGAUGGCUCUGGAAAAAAGUAAAACCUCAAGCUCCUUCAAAUGGAUCACCACCCUGUCCUCGGCUUGGCCACAGCUUUUCUUUGUAUGGUAACAAGUGCUAUUUAUUUGGUGGCCUGGCAAAUGAAAGUGAAGAUUCAAAUAACAAUGUUCCCAGAUAUUUAAAUGAUUUCUAUGAACUGGAGCUGCAACAUGGGUCUGGCGUGGUCGGCUGGAGUAUUCCUGUGACCAAAGGAAUCUUGCCAUCACCCCGAGAAUCUCACACAGCCAUAGUGUACUGCAGAAAAGAUGUGGGAAGCCCAAAGAUGUAUAUUUUUGGAGGCAUGUGUGGCUGUCGGCUUAACGAUCUCUGGGAACUUGACAUAGAAACCAUGACCUGGUCAAGACCAGAAACCAAAGGGACAGUACCACUUCCUCGCAGUCUCCACACGGCCAAUGUAAUAGGCAACAAAAUGUAUGUUUUUGGUGGAUGGGUUCCACAGUCAGCAGAAGGUGAAAUUUCUGCUCCUGAUGGUGAAUGGAAAUGCACUGGUUCCUUUUCUUACCUUAAUUUGGAUACCACAGAAUGGAUAGGUCUGAUCUCAGAUUGCCAGGAGGACAAAAGUAACAUGUUACCAGGGCCAAGAGCAGGACACUGUGCUGUAGCUGUUGGCACUCGUCUGUAUAUCUGGAGUGGUAGAGAUGGUUACAGAAAAGCUUGGAACAAUCAAGUUUGCUGCAAAGAUCUUUGGUACCUUGAUACUGAGAGACCUCUAGCACCAUCACAGGUACAGCUGAUCAGAGCUACAACCAACUCUUUUCAACUGAAGUGGGAUGAAGUACCUACAGUUGAAGGAUAUCUUCUUCAAUUACAUGCUGACUCACCAGUGCCACCGGUGGCUGGAGUUCCUGACACUGGCGUUCCUGAGACAUCCGUGCUGAGUUCACAAGGUGGCUGUUCUCUCCAUCAGAGUCUACAAUCAUUGCCUAGCGUCCCUUAUGCAGAAAUGAAGGUGGAUCAUCCUAGCCAAACAAAUAAUCCCAUUCCUAAUAAUGUCCAAGUUGCCCUUUCAUCCAGUUCAAAAGUAGAAGGAAAAGAAAAGGUUACAGCACCUGAAAACAAGGUUACACAGGAGACUAUGAAAAACCACACAGAUGCUACAGGAUUCAAAGAAUCAAAUGCCCCUUCUCUUUUGCCUGUUUGUACUUCAAGUGCUCAAUCAUCAGCAAAUGUAGGUGAAUUACAUGACUUGGACAAACAAAGUGUAAAUCCUGAUGCUUCUGUAUCCAGUACUGUCUCCAGCACACAAACUAUGGUAACCCAGCAGGCUGUUAAAACUGAAUCAUCAAGUACAAAUGGGGCAGUUGUUAAAGAUGAAACUUCACUAACAACAUUCAAUUCAAAAUCUGAAGCUGCUGAAACUGCUUAUGUCACACCUUCAGCAAGGGUCAGUACUGGACAGACAAAUGAUUCACACUCUUCUAGAGCUCCCCAGAGGCCACCAGCACCAGUGAAAACCAGGGAUCGCCGGUGGUAUGAUGUGGGAAUUUUUAAGAACAACAGUGCUGUGGUGAGCCAGUUCUACUUGCUGCCAGAGGAAACACUGAACAUCAAUAGCAAGACGGAAGGUGCAAAUGUACCCGACUACAGAUUACUUAAGAAACAAGAUCUGUUUCCAGGCACAGUGUAUAGAUUCAGAGUUGCUGCAAUUAAUGGCUGUGGUGUUGGGCCUUUCAGUAAAAUCAGUGAAUUCAAGACAUGCAUUCCAGGUUUUCCUGGAGCUCCUUCAACAGUCAAAAUCACUAAGAGUGUAGACUGUAUUCAUCUUUCUUGGGAGCCUCCUUCUUCACCCUCUGGAAAUAUUUUAGAAUAUUCUGCCUACUUAGCCAUCCGUUCCACACAAUUACAGGAAAAUCCAAGUCAGCUUGUAUUUAUGAGGAUAUACUGUGGUCUUAAAACCUCCUGCAUAGUGACUGCUGCCCAGCUUUCCAAUGCCCACGUGGAUUACACCUCCCGGCCUGCCAUAGUGUUCAGGAUUUCAGCCAAGAAUGAGAGAGGCUACGGCCCGGCCACGCAGGUUCGGUGGCUCCAAGAUAUGAAAACAUCAGGCUCAAAGUAGAAACGACUUCAUGAAUCUCAAGUUUCGAAUGUAGUGUUUAAUGUAACUCUUGUACUAUUUGUAAAUGCUACAAAUACUUUAUUUUUGCAUUGUUUUUAUCUUGAAAUAUAUAACCUUUUUUACAUUUGACACAUCGAUGUUGUAGAGCCUUGCUCAGGUAUGAGUAUCAUAUAGAAAAUAUAUCAGAGAUGGUGGGGUGGAGGAUCACUCUCUAUCCAGCAGCUCUUUUUGGCAGUGAUAAGUUAAAAUGUAAAGAACACUGAGUUUCAAGUGAAAAAUGAAUAAAAGAAUUGGCACAAGUAGUAGUAUUUGAGGUAAAGUCCCCAGGACUGCUACAGAUCUUGCAUAGAGAAUUCAUAAGAUUUGGGAUAUGAGCAAAUUCUGUUUGGUUUCAGUUCCCUAUACCACAUUCUUCAUUGCGGUGCCCGAGUACAAGGCAAAAAUUUCCAGUUAUUAUAGAGUAACUUAAAAUGUAUAAAUAUUUUAAUAUAUACUUUUUUGUAAAGAAAUGAUUUUUUCUACUAUUUGUAACAAAUAUCUUAAUCUUGAAGGAUAUCCCCUGAAAAUUUAAAAGGAAAAAGAUAAACUUAGCCAUUGCUCUUAUUACAAAAAACGUAAAUUCAUUGUAAAUGCACUACUAUUACAUAAAAUUAUCCUUUUGUAGUUGUACAAAUCUUAAACUUGUAAAUACCAAUGUUUACAAGAGACCUUUCUGGUCUUGUAUUAAAACAUCCAUGAGAUUCAUUCUCCUUUUUUUUUUUUUUUAAUCCAUAUGCUUUGCUUUUAGCAUAUGCUUGCUUUUUGCACUAAUAAUAACUUACCUCAUUCCUGUGUUAGUAAUCACUUGUGUUGCUUCCAUAAUGUUUCUGUAAAACUUCAAUCUGAAAAAUUUAACCAAAGUUUAGAAUACAUGGUAAGCAAUUUUGCACAUAUUAUAUGGCAACUUUCAACAUAUUUAUUUCAGUUAAUCUUCUUAAGUGCUUGUUUGCUUUACCAAUAUAUUCUACCAAUCAAGUUCAAUAUCUCCCUUUUACUAUGCAUCAUUUUACAUUAUCUAGCUAGCUGAUAAAAUCAACAAGCAUUACUUCUAGGAAUAGGUUGACUCAUUCCUAUGCGAAAAGAUAAAAAUUGUUCACGGUAGUGAAAUAAAGGUAAACAUUUUAAAUGCUAUUUAUGUAUCUAUAUAUUAAACUAUGUUUACCAAAGUAUAGAGGAAAGUGGCUGAGUUGGACAAGGUUACUAGGUGAAUAGAUUGAGGCACCUAAAUAAGAUUUAUUUUAAAAUAAUAAAAUCUAAAUUAUUUACUGUGCAAUGAAGUUUAUACUUUGCACUUUAAUUUUGCCCCAAAUGCCAAAAGGUCAUACAUCAAGGUAGAAUUUCUUGCCUCUUCCAGUAAAAUUUGUUUUAAGAACAUUUGUAAAUAUAUAAACUAAAAUCAAUGAUGUGCCUGGUUUGGUGGGAGAAGUAUCACUAAAAUAGUAGAGAUUUAGCAGCUCAAGUCUCCCAGAGCAGAUUUAACAGCCAAGUGUUGGCUACCCUGAGAAUCGGGGUUAUAACGAAGUGCUGGUACAGCCUUAAUUAUCGCAAUGCAUCACAUGCUCCAAUAGCAUCUAGGAAGUGCUGGGGACCAUAAAUGGCUAUAGUAGUGUUAACUGUGGCACAGGAGUAACACACGUUGUUUGACUCCAGAGAAGAAUCAUGUUUUUAUGACAAUGACAGAUUAUCCCAGUUUCACUUUAAACAGUGUUUAUAGUAUGAAUGUAUAGGAUUUUUCCUGAAGUUAACUGGCUUUAAGAUAUUUGUGUUUUAAUGGUCCAUUUCAUCAGGUAGGAUCUCACUACCAAUACUGUCUGAUAACUAAAGUACCAUACAAAUGAACUGUCAACUAGAAGAAUAGAACUUGUUUUUUGUUACUAGUACUGUGAAAGAAGCCUUUAGAGAAAACACUUGUGGCUUUGAUUUUGUUGGUUGAUAGCUGUGAUUGUAGAGUUGUUAUUUAAGAAUAAAACCUGUUGGGUGUGUC